UAUGAAGCCUGGUUUAACUGUGAAAAAGCAAAAGACUAAACACGCGUUCGUGCAUCGUAGGAGGCCGUUUUUCGCCUAUAAAACGGGCUUAAGAAUGCACCAGUAGGUUAGUGAGCUUCAACGAAUUCUUCAGUUUACCAAGCACUUAUUCACUUCAAUCAAAUCAUGUCUUCUCCGUCCCCCGCCAACCCCGCGCGCGCUGCUGAGCGCCCUGCUGCUGCUGAGCGCCCUGCUGCUGCUCAGCGCCCUGCUGCUGAACGUCCUCCUACUGCUAAUAACGUUGUCCCUCUACCCCCGCGUCCUCUCAACCUUCAACGAGCUGUGCCAGCGUUUAGUGAUGCCGUAAGAACUUCGUUCAAUGCGUAUAUUGAGGCUGCCCCUGAGCGCUAUCACUUUAGUGACGGAAAGUAUCAUGAAUACAGCUUAUGGUUCCUUGGGAGGCACCCAGUAGGUGAUGAGGAGGAGAAACGGCGUAAAACCUUCAACAGAUAUCGGUACUAUAACGGAGAAGGUGGUAAAUCAGGCCUCUAUAGGAGGCCUACGCAGAACCAUGGAGAGAGGAAGGUGUUAAGGACGUAUAAGGUGUUUAACGUCAUUCGAGACGUUCAUCUCAGUAACGGCCAUUUAGCAAAAGAAGUUACGUUUAAGGAUAUACAGCCGUAGUACUACGGCCUUACUGGCGCUGAUAUAAAGUGGCUACUUCGUCUCUGCCGCGUCUGUGCUGUAACCA